UUUCCGUCAGGUUUACAGGCUAUAGCGGUAGCACACUUCACCUGACGGCAUUGUUGGCUCUGACAAGAAUUAGUUACCGAUCUGGGCCCACGGUCACGGACCGUGCUGACCGCCCCCCAGCGUGGCAACUGUGGGCAGGUAAAGCCCUGCAGGUCGGCGCAGGAUUUUACUGCUGGAUCAGAUGGCCGGACCAGACAUUGACGGUCCUGAUCGGUCCGUCGGACCGGGCAGAAAUGGAAACACCAUCCAGCUACCCAAGUGGAUUCAAGUGGAAAUAAAAUCGGACGGGGGGCCAUUCUCCAAGCAUGUUCGUGGACGCCGCAGAGCGGUCAAGGGCACGGCUCCGGAGAAAGGCUGCUGGAGGCCUGCCGUGUCGCUCCCCCGUAAUGACACCAGCUCUGCCGGUCAGGCUCGGGCAGGCAGCAGGCUCAAGCCUGUACUGCGCGCACAAGCCCACCGAGCUGCACUAGCUGCCCAGCGUACCUGAGCAUGGGGACUUGGGGAGGGGGCGAGGGGGACCUGUGGGCACGCACUCGACCACGGCCGUGCCGGUGCGGCAGGCCGGCAGCGAGCUCCCGAUGGAGGCGCGCGCGUGCGGGGGGUACCCCGCGCACCGCUGGGUUUGCGAGGCACGCGGCGCUUAUUUUAAGCUUCGAGAGCCGAGAGGCCCUCGCCGCCUGUGCCAUUCCCCAGCCCGCCCGCAUUCUUAUUAUUCCCUGCCGCGAUCAGCUCCGGGCGGUUCAACCGCAUCCCGAUCCCGCCGCGUCAUGGGGUUUAACCGGCCGGCUCUCUGCGCCCAGAAAGGCCUCGUGGUCACGGUUGGCAUCGGCUUCAGGCGAUGGCUUGCGCGUUCAUCUGAAGGGACCGACCUUCUGCGCCGGGGAGUAUAUAUCUCUCCUCCGCCUGCGCCAUCGACCAAGCAUGCGUCGCCCUGGCUCGCCUUGCCCCCCCUGCGAAUCGCCAAUGAUAGUGUUCGACUAGGAGAGGCGAGGGACAGCGCCGGAGCAGGCGCCCGGCACAAGGCAAGCACAGACAGGAGCAGAAGAAAGACCAGGCGUGCAAGGCUGCAGGCCCGGCUCCUAAGCAAGCAGCCGAAUGCCGUGGCGCUCACCCGGUACCGGCACGGUUCAGCUGCCUCACGCCGCGACAGAGAAACAAACCACAGCUGCUGCUGCUGCUGCCAGCAGUACUCUACUACGGCGGCAGCUUCCACUACUAGUACUAGUGGUACACUUGUUAUAGCGAGGCAGCGAGCCCAGCCACCGAAGUCUCCCGAGUGACCCCGCCUCGCCCCGCUUCGCGUCGCGCCGUAUUUAACGCGACUCACUGAGCGAGUGCUGCCCGCGCGGGAUUCGGGCUCGGCGUCGUCGGCGGGUGGCUAUAUGAGCGGCCUCGCCACCAGGAUCGGCACCGUCGUCCGCUCACCCAUGGCGGCCGCGGCGGUGGCAGGCGCCGGCAGGAGCGACGGGCCGCGGAAGCGCCCGCGGCGGCCCGGCGGCGUCGUCAGAAUGGAGGGCGGGGGCAGGGGGGGAGCCGGCUGCUGCUGCAGCAGCGGCAGGGCGCCGGAGCCCGCGGCGGCGAGGCUGGUGGUGAUCGUCGGCGCCACGGGCACGGGCAAGACCAAGCUGUCCAUCGACGCGGCCGCCGCGCUCGGAGGCGAGGUCGUGAACGCCGACAAGAUACAGCUCUACGCGGGGCUCGACGUCACCACCAACAAGGUGCCCCUCGCCGACCGCCGGGGCGUCCCGCACCACCUGCUGGGCGCGGUCCGCGCCGACGCGGGGGAGCUGCCGCCGACGUCGUACCGCGCGCUAGCCGCGGAGGCCGCGGCGUCCGUCGCGGCGCGCGGGCGGGUGCCCGUGGUGGCCGGCGGGUCCAACUCGCUCAUCCACGCGCUCCUCGCCGACCGCCUCGACGCGGCGCCCGCGGACCCUUUCGCGGCCGACGAGGGGUACCGGCCGGCGCUGCGGUUCCCGUGCUGCCUCCUCUGGGUGGACGUGGACGGCCCCGUGCUGGACGACUACCUGGACCGGCGCGUGGACGACAUGGUGCGGGAGGGCAUGGUGGAGGAGCUCCGGGAGUACUUCGCGUCGACGUCCCCCGCGGAGCGCGCCUCCCACGCGGCCGGGCUGGGCCGGGCCAUCGGCGUGCCGGAGCUGGGCGACCACUUCGCGGGGCGCAAGAGCCUCGCCGCGGCGAUCGACGAGAUCAAGGCCAACACGCGGGUGCUGGCGGCGGCGCAGGCGCGCAAGAUCCGGCGCAUGGCGGGGGCCUGGGGCUGGCCCGUGCGGCGCCUGGACGCGACGCCCACGGUCCGCGCGCGCCUGGCCGGCGCCGGCCGCGCCGACGAGGCCGCCGCGUGGGAGCGCGACGUGCGCGGGCCCGGGCUCGCCGCCAUGCGCCGGUUCCUCGACGCCCACCGCCACGAGCCGCAGCAGCAGAGGUGGCCGCUGGCGCCGCGGAGGCAAUGCCGUGGCAUGGUGGGGUGACUCCCGGCGCGCGUCAAAAGGCCGGGAGCCGAGCGUCCUCGCCUCACUCCUGGGUUCAAAAAAUUUUGCGAUAGGCCGCCGAAUUUUGGAGGGGCCCGGCGGCCACCGGUCGGUGGGGCCGCCGCUGCUGGCGCCGCGCCGCGGCCGCAGCGCGCAAAGCAAAGCAUCACCCCGAAACAGAGCGGGACGUGACGAGGCGAGACGGCCGGGCCCUGCGAAUGCUGAGGCACAGCAGCCUCUCUCUCCCUCUCGCUCUGCCUUUCCCGUUCCAUGUUUUUUCUAGCGAGACAGCACUUGUACACAGCAGCAGCGUAAUCUAGCCGGCCAGGUCACUCACCCAUGUUUCGAAUUUUGAAA